AUGGGGCAUUAUUUGGCAAUCAGAAAAUGGGAGCCUUUCUUCAAUCCCCACAAAGCAAAUAUUCAUCGGGUGGCAGCUUGGAUUCGGCUUCCAGGUAUUCCUCUGGAAUUCUGUGUAAUUCCUGUUUUGAAGCUUAUUGGAAACUCUAUUGGUAAAGUCCUAAAGAUUGACAAAACUACAUCUUUGGGGGAUAGAGGGAAAUUUGCGAGAUUAUGUGUUGAAUUGGACCUAUCUAGUCCGUUGAGAGGAGAAUUUAUCCUGGAGGAAGAGGUGUUUAAGGUGGAAUAUGAAGGCCUCUAUCUGAUCUGUCUUCAAUGUGGAAAGUACGGUCAUAAUUCUGAAACAUGCCCGGAUGCUGUGGAAAUUGAUGAGUCCAACAAGACUAAAGAACCGAUGACAGAAAAAGAGGUAAAUACUGCUAACUAUGGCGUGGGACCGUGGAUGGUGGUUCAGAAUUUUUUUUUUCCAAAGAGUCAACAGAGCAAGAAAGUAGAAGGCAAAACAGAUAGAGUCUUUGGAGAGGAUAUCUCAAAUAAAAAAGGUGUUAGUCAAAAGAAAAGAGAGACAGGGAGUGCGUCCGAUUCUCUAGGGGUGAUGAAGUCAAAUAUUAAGGUGGCUGAGAGUUCCAAGAUUAUUGUGAGCAAGGAGAAUCAAGGGAAUAGUCCUUCCAAAGAAAAUCCCAAGCGGGUUAACAGAAAAUCCUCAUCUGCUCAGAAAAGAGUUGCUGGCAAGGCAACUUACAAACCAAAGAUUCCUGAAAUCCCAGAAUCUUUUAUUUUCACAUCUGAGGAAAAGUCAGGUGGAAACAGCCCUAAAGCUCUAGAGCUCCCUUCAUCCAAAACAGCGCAAUGUGUUCAGAGUUCUGCUUCUAAUCUUAAUGACAAGACUGAGGAAGUUACUAGUUGUAAGUUGAAUGUGGAGGACUGUAAGCCUUCGGAUAUAGAUAUUUCCAAUUCCAUUAGUGAGUUAAUGCUGAAACCUGAGGAACCUCCUGAUAAAGAUUGUGAGGAUGAGAUGGAGAUAGAAGUGAAGAUUCCAACCAGUGAUGAAGCAGUUCAUAUGCAAGAGAGUGAUCAGGGACUCUGCAACCCUGAUAAUUCUGAUUUAGUUACCCAAUGA